AUGAGGGCUCACAGGUUUACCACACAUGAUGAAAGGACAUUGACCGUAGUAUGCGGAUUGCAUAAUCGACAUUCAUAUGCGGGGAGGCUAUCAAAUGAUGAGAAAGCAUUGUUAAUGGAUAUGUCAAAGAGCAUGGUUCGGCCAAAAGAAAUCCUAGUAACCUUGAAACAGCGAGAUGCCCUCAAUGUAAGCACACUUAAAACCAUUUACAAUGUACGCCAUCGAAACAGAGUGGUACAGAGAGCUGAAAGAUCACAGAUGCAACACUUAUUGGGUGAAUUGGCCAAGUAUAAUUACAUUGAGCGCCAUCGGUUUGAAGAGUCCACGAUGACUGUGACAUACUUAUUUUGGGCACAUCCUACCAGUGUGGACUUAUUUCGGUCUUUCCCACGUAUAUUAAUUAUGGAUUGCACAUAUAAAACCAACAGAUAUCGUAUUCCUCUUCUUGAAAUUGUGGGAGUGACAUCAACUGAAAUGACAUUCUCUGUAGCUUUCGCAUACUUACAGUAUGAGAGGGUCGAUAACUAUGCGUGGGUGUUAGCUACAUUGCGUGAUGUCAUGGAUGGUUUUGUUGUGCCAACAAUUAUUGUUACUAACAGAGAGCUAGCCUUGAUGAAUGCCAUACAGAAGAUAUUCUCGAGUGGCAGACAUUUAUUAUGUCGUUGGCAUAUCAUGUAUUCAUCUUCUGAAAUUCAAUACGAUGAGCGUCUUAAAUCAUUACUUAAGGAAUUCAGUAGUUAUCCUGAUGCAGUCAAAUACAUCAUGGAUACUUGGUUGGUUCCUUACAAGGACAAAUUUGUGGCGGCAUGGACAGACACGUGUAUGCAUUGUGGCAAUGCUGAGAGUGCACAUGCAAAACUUAAAAGACAAUUGGGUUCAUGUCAAGUCUCAUUUCAGGCAUCAUUUGAGAAAAUACACAGUCUGCUUGAGUUGCAACACACUGAUAUCAGGGCUUCAUUUGAGAAAAGUCUAACUGUUGUGCAACAUCAAUUUAAACCUUCUCAGUUCAGGGAGCUACGGGGUAAUGUGUCUAUCUCUGCAUUGGAGUAUUUGUUUGAAGAAAGUAAGAGAGCCAAUUCCAUUGGUAUUGAUGUUGAAGCUUGUGGAUGCGUCCGUCGCCACACUCAUGGUUUACCUUGUGCCCAUGAGAUUACUGACUACAUCAGACAAGAUCAUCCUAUACCACUUGUUACUAUACACUCACAGUGGAGGCAACUUCAUAUCUCCAUAUGCAAGAAAGAAAAGGAAACGGAGGUGAGUUGUCAUGCAGAAGUAGAGUUGUUUGUGAACAAGUUUAAUGAAAGUGAUAGAACCAUGUGGUUGGAGCUUUUGAAGAAGUUAAAAGAAAUUGUAUAUCCGGGAAGCACUUUUCUUGUUGAGCCGGAGGUGAAGCCCAAAACACGUCCUCGGGAUCAUAAGAAGAUCAAUGUUUCUACCCGUCGUGACCCGUGUGCAUUUGAGUUGGUUCAAUUUGGACAUGAUUCCUUCUCACCUAGGGACACUCAAAUCACUACAUUAGCUUCUACUCUGCAAACCAAAAAGAAGCGACCUGUUAAGGGAAAGAAGAAGGUGAAUCCGAAAGGGAAGGUAUACAUUACUAGAACAGUGAAACCUGGUGCAUAUGUUGAUGCUUUCCUUUCUGGGUUGAAACCAUACAUUAAGUUUGUUAAGGAUGUAACUGCAGAUGGGAAUUGUGGUUUCAGGGCUAUAGCUGCUUCAAUUGGUUAUACAGAAGAUGAUUGGCUCAGUCCUGGAUACUCACAUUGGAUGACUAUGCCAGACAUGGGGCAUCUUGUUGCAUCGUGCUACAAUCUUGUGUUAUACCACUUGUCAUUACAGCAAUGUCUCACCUUUUUACCUCUUAGAACAGUGCCAGUACCUCAACUUGAUAGACGUGAGAUUGCCAUUGCGUUUGUCAACGAAAAUCAUUUCGUCCAGGUUUUGUUGCAGCCAGGCCAUCCAGUUCCUCCUAUAGCCACUAAUUGGCGAAAAUACCGUCACCCUUGCGCUGUCGACUGGGAUGAUGCAUAUGUGCGUCGUAUUCAACAUUUCAAGGACAUUAUUCAUGAUAAUGUAACUACUCGAGAGACAUUUGAUGUUGUUGAUGUCGCAUGA